AUGAGCGAGCUAUAUCAUCGCUGUUUGGACGCAGCCUCAGCCUGGGAGCCAAAAGCGACGGGUACAACCACGGACUUUAUUGCCGCCUUCUUUAUGGUGCGAGUAGCUGCCGAGCGUUUUGACAUCGAGCUGAGCCCGAACAUGUUCAAACUCGGAUGUCAAUAUGCGGAGAAGAUCGAACUUCACCGUCUUGAUAACGACCCAAACUCACACCCGACAAAGUUGGACAAGUCUGUACUGAAUGCAGGCCGAAAAGGCUUCUGGGAGCUGGUUCCCAUGGAUGUGUAUUUCCGUCUGAUUCAUAACAAACCACCCGCUAUAAUGGCUAGCCGACCGGAUGCCAAGGUCAACCUCCCAUGGCUUGCUGAGCCUGGAUCGCAAGCAGAGGAAGAAACGACAAUAACAAUUCGAUUCUUGAUCGACUCUCGACGGACCUUCAUUCUCCUGGACUUUUUACAGUUACUGGAGGAUUCUGAAGACUCUGACGGUCAGCUAUGGACGAUUGCUGGUGUUGCUUUGGAAGGAUACACUUGUAUUAUCUUCAUGCUCCGCCGUGCUCUCAGUGUCUAUUCUGGCAUUCCAGAGAACCAGGCACUUGGCCUUGAGGUUGUCAAUCACACAUUGGUGCUCAACGCGUCACGGCAUAUCCUCGAGAUAUCAGCCCUUCUUCUGGUGGCUAUUCCCUCCAUGGGUACUGUUGCUGUCACGUUUGUUGUCCUCCAAGCGCACAUACCGCUUGCAUGUUUGGCUACUUACCUGCUGCAUCCGGUGGCCUCUCGCGAUUGCGAUACAGACUUUAUCCUGCUUGAGCAUGUGGCCGAGGCGAUGAGGGAAAUAUCAAGGGAUGUAGAGGAACUGGUGCCUCUGACAGCGGCCAUGGAGGAGCUGAAGACCAAAGUGAGAAAUACAGUAGGUGACAAUGUGGCGAGAUGA